AUCCAAUUCAAAUUCAAAUCUAUUACAAAUGUCUUAGAAGUAACUAAGUUACAGAUACUACCAAUAAUUGCAGCUGAUUGUACAUGCAGGAAGCAUUUCUUAAAUCAACUAGUUCUGCUAUUUGCUGGUAAAAGUAGAAAUGGAGCUGCUUAAUAUGCUGUUCUCAUUGAUUAUUUACUUGUUAGUGCUAUCAGCUCUUUUGUUGGUGUAUCUUACUCGUUCCCCUAAAGAAUUGGGAGGCAUCCCUGGCAGCCUUGGUUGGCCUAUUGUGGGUGAGAGUUUCUCAUUCAUCUCUAACUUUUCAAGUCCUUCUGGGAUCUUUAGCUUCAUGGAGACGAGGCAGAAGAGAUAUGGUAAGGUUUUCAAGAGCUUUGUCCUAGGGAGGUUCACCGUCUUCAUGACUGGGAGAGAAGCAAGCAAGAUAUUGUUAACAGGGAAGGAUGGGCUUGUGAGUUUGAAUUUGUUUUAUACUGGCCAGCAAGUUCUAGGCCCUGCAAGCUUGCUUCAGACCACUGGAGAAGCACACAAAAGGAUAAGAAGGCUGAUUGCUGAACCUUUGUCACUGGAUGGCCUGAAAAAAUAUUUCCAUUUUAUCAACACUCAGGCAAUUGAAACAUUAGAUCAAUGGCAAGGAAGAAAAGUCCUUGUUCUUGAAGAGGCUUCUACAUUUACUUUAAAAGUGAUUGGACACAUGAUCAUGAGCUUAGAGCCUACCGGAGAGGAACAAGAAAAGUUCAGGUCAAAUUUCAAGAUUAUUUCUUCCUCAUUCGCCUCAUUGCCUUUUAAACUUCCAGGGACAGCUUUUUAUCGCGGUAUCAAGGCUAGGGAUAGGAUGUAUGAAAUGUUAGAUUCUGUGAUUUCUAAGAGAAGAAGUGGCCAAGAGUUUCAGCAGGAUUUCUUAGAAUCCCUGAUUAUGAAGCAUAGCAGAGAAUCUGGUGGAGAAGAAGAUGAAAACAAACUCACUGAUAAUCAAUUGAAGGACAAUGUGUUAACUCUGCUUGUUGCAGGACAUGAUACUACAACUGCUGCUCUUACCUGGCUUAUCAAAUUUCUUGGAGAAAAUCCAACUGUUCUAGAACAAUUGAGAGAGGAACACAGGGAAAUUAUUGCAAACAGAAAGAGUGAAACAGAUCUUACAUGGUCUGAAGUAAAUAGCAUGCCUUACACAGCCAAAGUGAUAAGUGAAACACUUAGAAGAGCCACAAUACUGCCUUGGUAUUCAAGAAAGGCUUCUCAAGAUUUUGAAAUUGAUGGAUAUAAAAUCAAGAAAGGUUGGUCCAUCAAUCUAGAUGUUGUUUCUAUACACCAUGACCCAAAAGUAUUCCCAAAUCCUGAGAAAUUUGAUCCCUCUAGAUUUGGUGAAACCUUAAGGCCAUUCACCUUUCUUGGAUUUGGUAGUGGACCACGCAUGUGUCCUGGAAUGAACCUUGCCAAGAUUGAAAUCUGUGUCUUUAUCCAUCACCUUGUUACCAGAUACAAGUGGAAGCCUCUGGAGAAAGAUAAUUCUGUUCAACCAACGCUUGUAAGGAUGCCAAGGAACAAGUAUCCUGUUAUAGUUGAGUCACUGUAGAUCAAUUCCUCCCAUAAGCAACAAUUGAAAGCGAGAUAGUAAAGCAAAAUCUGGAAGAAGGGUGGUUUUGUGUAGAAAAGGAUAUGAAGCAAUAAGAUGAACAGAAUUGGUGUGA